GGAUUAUUUCUACAAUAUUAAAUGCAGUGUAUGUUUGUAGGGGAGUUUAAACAUCUGGGGGAAAAUGGUGCCUGGAAGCCAGCAGUGAUUGUGUAAAUAUUUAGACGAAGCUUCCUGAACAAAGACGUUGUAUUCACAGUAUACACAUUUAUUCCGGUUCUCUUAUUAAAUCGUGCUUUUUACAGUACGUUGCUUAAGCACAUUGUGCAAAUGAAAACUCGUUUUGGAAAGGGAGAUGUCUUUCUGAUCUAUUGAAUCAAGCUUAUUGAAAUGACCAAUAAAAUUAUUCGGAUCUUCAGUAUCUGAACAGAGCUAGCCUGUUUUCAUACUGUACGAAUGGGUGGGGGAGAAGAGACCGUGCAGUAACUGGACGGGCGCGUGUUAUCAAAGUUACUGCUGAAGAGGCGAAGGGGAGUGACGCGCGAGGGGCUACAGUUGUGAAACUCCUCUCACAUCCUGCCCUUCACAAUUGGGCUCGCGAGCGAGUUUACGCGCUGCAUGGCAAGGACAGGACUCCGGGAAUCCGAGGGCUGCUCAGAAAGCUCUCUCCUGUUCUACUCUUAACGUUUCGUUCGGAUUCAAGAGACGUGGCGAUAGAUGGGCUGCAGUAGUGGAGGUUUAAACUCGACGCGUCAAGAAAUGUGAUCUAAUGGUUGGUUUAGUAAAGCAUUCAAGCGCUGCUCAUAUUACAACCAACUCAAUACUGAGAGAUAACAAUUACUAAGGGAAAACGGAGAUGUCCGCUCAAGGGUUACUGAACAGUGUAUUCUCGUGCUCUUCUCCAUCAUCGAAAACUAUUUCCAAAAGGAGACUGCGGCAGACACGAAGUUUGGACCCAGCCAUAAUAAGAAACUAUGGGACCGACGCAGAAAGGAAACCGGAGGAGUUGGACAGCUUUAAGUCGUCGUACGAGGGCUCGAGGGAGACAGGUGGCGGUUCGUCUCUCCAAACCUCAGCUGAAUCCUUGGUUGCUUCAAAGUCGGAUUUGCGUUCUAAAGCGACGAGUUCAAAACAAUCUAUUCCGUCCUUUUCAAGCCCGUCCACGCCACUGGAGACCUCUCCGUCCUCCAACUUUCAGUUCGACUAUGAUGUGAAGGGCGUGAAGCGGAAUACUGCCUGGGAUCUGCCGUUCCUCGCGCGUAGCCCCGCGCUCGCGCCCACGGGCAGCGCGAGCACUAUCUUUUCCCCACGAAAGUGGCUUCAGAAGAAACUGCAGCAGGACAGCUCUUACUCCUACAUCGUGUGGAAGUCCGAGGGUGACUUCACCUGGAACAGCAUGUCGGGGCGGAGCGUUCGGCUGAAGCCGGUGCCCAUCCAGAGCCUGUCGGAGCUGGAGCGGGUUCGACUGCAGGAGGUGGCCUUCAUCCGGCUGCAGCAGGACUACGACCUCGGCUGCCAGAUCACCAUCCCCAAAGAUGGACAGAAGCGGAAAAAGUCGCUGCGGAGGAAGCUGGAUUCCUUAGCCAAGGAGAAAAGCAAAGACAAAGAGUUUGUCCCGCAGGCUUUCGGCCUGCCCCUUUGGCAGGUGAUCGCUAACGACCGCUCCCAUAAGCAGCGGGGGGAGGCCCAGCGAGGGGAGGCGCAGCGGGGGGAGGCGCAGCGGGGGGAGCACCGGGACCCCACCGACCUGGUGUCCUCCAUCCUGCAGUUCGCCAUCAAGAGGCCCAGCAAGGAGCUCUCCAGCAGCACCUCCUCCCUCAGCUCCACCUCCGAGACGCCCAACGAGUCCACCUCCCCCAACACCCCCGAGCCCGCCCCCCGCGCACGCAGACGGGGCGGGAUGUCCGUGGACUCCAUCACCGACCUGGACGACAGUCAGUCCCGCCUGCUGGAGGCGCUGCAGCUCUCCCUGCCGGCCGAGGCCGCCAGCAAGAAGGAGAAGCACCGCGACAAGAAGCUCAGCCUCAACCCCAUCUACCGGCAGGUGCCGCGGCUGGUGGACAGCUGCUGCCAGCACCUGGAGAAAUACGGUCUUCAGACGGUCGGGAUUUUUCGGGUAGGAAGUUCGAAGAAAAGAGUCAGGCAGCUGCGGGAGGAGUUUGACCGGGGCGUGGACGUCCCAUUGGACGAGGAGCACAGCGUCCACGACGUCGCCGCGCUGCUGAAGGAGUUCCUGCGAGACAUGCCCGACCCCUUACUGACCAAAGAGCUCUACACCGCCUUCAUCAACACUAUGAUGCUGGAUCACGAGGAGCAGCAGGCCUCCAUUCAGCUGCUCAUCUCCCUGCUGCCGCCCAGCAACAGCGACACGCUGCACCGCCUGCUGGAGUUCCUGUCCACCGUGGCCGCCCACGCCGACGACGCGCACGACAGGGACGGACAGGAGAUCACCGGGAACAAGAUGACGGCACUAAACCUGGCCACCAUAUUUGGGCCCAACCUCCUGCACAAGCAGAAGAGCUCGGACAAGGAGUUCUCUGUGCAGAGCUCGGCCAGAGCCGAGGAGAGCACCGCCAUCAUCGCCGUGGUCCAGAGGAUGAUCUCCACCUACGAGGCCCUCUUCCUGGUCCCCCCUGAGCUGCAGAACGAGGUUCUCAUGAGCCUGCUGGAGACGGACCCUGACGUGGUGGACUAUCUGCUCCGGAGGAAGGCCUCGCAGUGGUCGAGCCCGGACCUGAUGAGGCCGGAGGCCCCCUUCGCGCUGGGCGAGCGACACUCGUCCAGCGACUCCAACAAGGCGUCCAGCGGGGAGGUGUCGCCGUACGACAACAACUCGCCGGUGCUGUCGGACCGGCUGCCGCAGCCGCACCAGGGCGAGGGCAGCCCCCGGGUGGACCGGCUGUUUCGGGUCCCCGAGCAGUACACGCUGGUGGGCCACGUCAAAGGCCGGACAAAGGACAGCCCGCCCGCGCAGUGGACCGGCAAGGACCACGCGGACGAGAACACAAACAUCUGGGGGGCGUGGCACGCGACACUGAAGUCGGGACUAAAGGACCAGCUGCAUACAGGCUCCCACGGGAACGUGUCCGACUGCGGCUCCUCCAGCCCCUCGGAGGGGCUACCUGGUCACCUAGGCAACGGCAAGCAGCCAGUGCGGCGGACGCAGACCUCCUCUGGCGUGGCCGAGUGCAGGCCACACCCCCCCGUGUCCCGCGCCAGCAGCAGCCCCCAGGACGAGGCCGGGCGCCAGCCGCUCCAGCUGAGCCUGGACGAGCUGCCGUCCCGCUCCGACGGCCAAUCAGCAUCCAGCAGUUCGGAGGACCUCCCACAGCGGGCCGGCCUCUCCGUCGCCCCGCCCUACAAACCCAAGCCUGCUCAGAGGAACGACGGCAGGCCCCCCCCUCCCUACCCGGGACCCUCGCGAUCGGCCCUCUCCGCCCCCCCGCCCCCCUCCGCGCACCCGCCAAGCUCUCCUGCCCCGCCGUCUCACCGGCGCCCCCUGCAGGACAGAGAGUCCCUGCACGCCCCCGCCAACGCUGUGGACGGGAAGGGCCCUGGCAGCCCGGAGUGGCAGGACUGGCAGCGGGAGAGGUGGCAGAUCUGGCAACUCUUAUCGUCAGAGAACACGGACACGCUGCCCGAGACGCUGGUGUGAGCCACACAGUGCCCCCUCCUGGCCAGACGCUACAGCUGCUGCUGCUGCCUACAAGUGAGCAAAUGUCCCAGUGUGUCCUUCUGUUCGCUGGUUUUACAUGUCUUUUUUUAUUUUCGUUUCAUGUAUCAAUUUUACUUUUUAUUGUAAGUGCACGCUUUUCCACAUCGUUUUCAUCUGGUGAUGUACUGAAUCGUCAUGUCCAUGACAGGCUAAUCUGUCAAUUUGACAUACCUCAACAAAAAAGAAAAACAAAAAAACACACACAAAAGAAGGUUUUUAAGGAGUUUUGGCCAUUACGUGAUUUACCUGUGACAGCACUGUUGGGUGAAUCCAGUGAUUUCUCUAUAACUUAAGUACAUACACACUGUUAUAUGCAUUUAGUGAUUACAGAACAGAUUAAUGUUUCGGAUUAAUGUAAGAACCAUAACUGUACGAAGAUUAGUCAUGUAAAUCUGGUCAAUUCACUUUGUAACAAGUGUGUGUACAAAUAGCUUAGACAGAGAAAUCACAGUCCGAGUGUAACUCGCAUGUAAAUUACCUACUUUGUGCAAAGUGUUACCAAGAGUUAUUGUGUAUGUAAAGAAUUGUAAAGAAUUGUACUAUUUACCAUUAUUUCUACGUUAGCCACCUUAAGUGAUGUUCCAUCCUGGCUGUGUAACUGUCCGUUUUCACUGUUACUCUAAUGGGAUUGCCGACGUUGUUCACUUCAAAAGUGAAAUCUGCAGCCUUAGCGAACGCUGGAGAAUUUAAUUACAAUCAGUCCGUCUCCAAGGGAUUUCACAGAGCUAAAACAACCAAAAUAUGGGCCCCCUUUUUUAACCGGCAUACAUAAAACAAUAUUAUUUUUGCCUUUUGUAAUAUGGAUGGAGACACACUGAGAUAUAUUUGUAAAUUUUAAUAUCUUUUUCCAUACGGUUCUCUGCAUACCCCACUGCUCAGACCCUGAAGAGACUGUACUAUGGGAACAAGACCCACUAUGUGCCAACGGCAUUGCCUAUAUUUAACUGUUUUUACUAUAUUUAUGUGUUUUUAACUUUUUUUUUUUGUAUUUCAUUUUUAAAUAACUUGUCCCUAUUUUCAUAUAUUUUUGAGCAAAAAAAAACAAAAACCAUUGUUCUCUUCAAACAGCAUCGCUAUGUCAGAACGCAGACUGGUCCUGAAUGUAUAUUGGUACUAUGUUUUUAUUUCAAUGGCUGCUGGACUCUGCUUGUUUACUGCUGGAGUUGGUAGCUGUUGUUCUUUUCCUCGGUUGCAGCGGUGUGCUUCUGUUAGCCAUGGUUUCUUGUUACGUUAGGUGGCCUUUUCAUUAUAUGUAAAAGGUGUUAUCGGGUGACCUAAACACGACUUCAGCGUCUGUCCGUUCAGGCAGAGGUAUCGGUGGGAAGCUUUAAACGGUGUGCUUGGUGAUUCCUGUAAACAUGAUCUAUAGGAAAAAUGUAAAAUAGAAAAAAAAAAAUCUGUGGUAUUAUUAAGACAUGUAUUUAUAAAUGGUAUAUUCUUUUUAUUUUGCUUGUGUUUCCCCAUGGUGUAUAAUGUUGCUUUGUGUGCUCGUGUAUGUGUUUGUGAGAUGCAUGUACUGUGUACAUGUGUAUGUUUGUGUGCGUGGGUGAGUGAGUUUGCGCACUUACAUUUGUUUUGGUGGCCAGAGAUCCAGGUCAAAUUAAUAGCUUUUCCAUGAGCGUGUAUACACUCUCAAAAUGGAUGUGUUAAUACACAACACACUCUUUGUGUAACUACUUUUGUGUUACUUUCAACACGUCAAAGUUACUACUUAUGUGUCACAGAUAUAACAUUUAUGUGUUACAAAAGAAGACUUUUUAACACAGACUGUGUUGAAAGUAACACAAAAUGUGUUGUCCUUAACUAGACGUGGUGUGUGUUUUUUUUUGUUUUUUUUUUAAUGACGUGCCUUGUUUUGUUUUUAAUGCAUCUGCUUUGAGAGUGUUCCGCACAGAGUUCCUCCGUUCACUGUUCAGACCAAAGCCGCAGUCUUUAAAAGACACAAGUGCAGUUUGUGUUACGUUAAAGUCCAGUUUCGUACGCGGUGUCUAGCUUCGCGUAUUUAACACAGCCCGCAUGCUACACACUUAAUAUGCAGCUACGCACUGAGCGCACACUCAAAAAGGACGUGUUAAUAUUCAACGCGUUUUUUGUGUCGCUACUUUUGUGUUACUUUCAACACAUUUUGUGUCAAAGGUACUUUUGUGUUACAAAUAUACAAUUUUUGCGUUACAAAGGGAGACUUUUUUAUUUUAAAAACAGACCUUGUUGGUCUUAACACGUCUAUUUUGAGAGUGCAGCAGUGGUCAGUGAUGAUGAUGAUGAUCGCGCCUGUCUUUGCGCCUCAGUCGAAACCGUAAUGUAUUCGAUAUAAGAUUGGAUUCUAGAACAGUUCGGCUGUCGGGGUCAUUGCCGUAAUCGCUAUAGAAACAAAAAACCUCUUUUUAUUCUGGCAGAAAAAGCCAUUCUCUCUGCGGGAAAUCUGCCCUUUAGUGUUCGCUACAGAUUUAUUAGGCUACUGAACACCACCUGCCUGCCUGCUCUUAGAUCCUGCUCCGUCUCCUGGCCAAAAAACAACGCUAUCAGCAGGACUUGGCGUGGAACAUGGGCACCGGUAACGGCGAAACGGGGAAGGCCCAAUGUAGUCUACAUAAGAAUAAGAAUGUCCGAGGUUACCCGGUUAACGGUAUGUUAACAUUCUGCGCGUGACUGUAGGCCUACUGCUGGUAAACUGCACGUACAGAGAACACACAAGAUCCACGAAAGCAGAACGUAUUUGAAAUUUAGAUUUAGUCACGUCCUUGCCUCUAAAAACAAAUGACAACUUUACCUCGAAAGUCUUUUACGUUGCCAUUGUAUUGAAAGCCUUCGCUAUCACUCGGCUAUCUGCCGAGUGAUAACAUACAGUAACACAGUAUGGACGGUUCACUGCCCUCGGGUCAGCACGGAGUUACAAUGGAGGCUUGUGUGCUCCACGGAGAAAACGGUGCAUUCCAUCUGCUUCUGUACAAUGUAAUGUAAAUGUACCGUAACAAACCCGUGCUGUCUUCAGACCUGUUUGUGUGGCUGGCGAACGUGGCUCUGGAGCUGAUGCCCCUUCUCUGACUCCACUUGCUAGCUAACUGUUUCAUCUCUGUAUUUUCCUAUUUUACUUCCCGGUCUUAUUCAUUAAUCAAGUGGAUGCUGUUGCACAUUUUUUUUAAAUCUAGGAAUUUCAUAGCUUGCUAGCUGGCUAGAUUCGUCCUGGAAUUUUUGGAGUAUUUAUAUUUUUAGCUGUAAUGCAGGCCAGCUAGGUAAUGUUGUUGUAUUUGGUGAACUUUUCCUUAAGUGCACUAUGCCAAAGUAUAGCACGACAGCACACUUGAUUGCGCUCAUUAAAACUUUACUUCCUGCUGCUAAUCGCAAAGCCCUCUUUAACAGGUGACCCCAUCUUCCGCUUGUUCAUCUUAAAGUCCAGGUUCAUUCAGUUGUGCAGGAACGACUUCAUUAAUUGCAAACAAAUAUGUAACAUUUAUGCCACUUAUGAGUUCACAGGCCUUUUAGAAGCGAUCGCCACACCCUUGCAUUCUCCUUCUGGAGUAUGUUACAGACUGCCAAUGUUCCAUGCUCGCCCCCUGCUGGCCAGACUUUGAAAAUACACUUUGGGUUGAAUAUUCUUGAUGUCACAGGAAAUCCUGUAGAUGUCUUUGAAGACAGUCUUGUGUGUUUCUAAAACAAAGUGAAAGGUAAAGUAGGCAAGUGUGUUUCUGUUUUGUUUUGUUUG